CGGAGUCUGGAAGGAAUCUGAGAAGAUGGUAGAUCUGCGCUGUGGAGCAGCAAUGCGCCAGCGGAUGUAGUAAAAAGUCAUCGUCCUGUGCGGGAAUGAAAGCAGGACGCAACCCUGGAGGGUAAAACAGCUUGAGCAGAUCUCGUAGGAGAGAACAGCCUAAAAUGUGGAUGAACUGACAUUUUCUCCUCCACCAGCGCUGAUUACUCAACUUAAACACCGAGCAAAGCGUCGCUCUCCCGUUGGAAAGAAAAAUGGCCGUUCGUGGCAACUCGCUGAUGCCUUUUUCCAUCCAGGCCAUCCUGAAUAAAAAGGACAACAGCAGACACUUACCAGAUCUGGACGUUUGCUUCUCCAAGGCGGCGUGUUGGAAAAUAUUCGGGGACAUGAACGAGGGGUCCGAGAGGACCGACGAGGCGCCAUGCGAGCGGUCCGAGCAGAAGGGCUACGACUCGGACUCCGGACUCAGCGACGACAACGACGGAAAGAGCGCAGCAGCGCGCCAGCCUGAGAGGGACGGGGAGCUGGUGUCGGACGUCCCGGAGGAGAGUCUGCAGGAGGAGACGGACCAUGAAUCUGCAGCUGCGGAGAACGCAAAGAGUGACAGUGAACCCAACAACACCACGGAUUCUAGCAGCCCAGACGAGAAGAACCUGGAGCAACCCAAGCAACGGAAGAAGCGCUCCAGAGCCGCUUUCUCUCACGCUCAGGUCUUCGAGCUGGAGCGCCGCUUCAACCACCAGCGGUACCUCUCCGGGCCGGAGCGAGCGGACCUGGCGGCCUCCCUGAAGCUGACAGAGACUCAGGUCAAGAUCUGGUUCCAGAACCGACGCUACAAGACGAAACGCCGGCAGAUGGCCGCAGAUUUGAUGGCGUCCACCCCGACUGCAAAGAAGGUGGCGGUGAAGGUUCUAGUGCGGGACGACCAGAGACAGUACGGGCCUGGGGAGAUCCUGCGGCCGCCGCUGCUCUCUCUGCAGCCAUCCUACUAUUAUCCCUACGCAUACUGCCUCCCUGCGUGGACACUGUCUGCGUGCGCGGGGAACCAGUGAGAACCUUAAGACUUUAAUUUAUUAUUCAUUUGAUUGCUUCUCUUCUUGGGAGCCAACAUAAAAAAAGAAUACUGACAAGAAGAAGGGACCUGAGGGGACAAUUAAUCAGCUCUGCGUCCCUGAUUUAUCAUCUGGGGGUCCCCGACCUCUUUUACAACCACCAAUACUCUAAAUAUUCUGUAUCUGACCUGCAGACGUCUUCAAGCAAAAAUAUCUAAAAUAAAAUGAUUUAGGUAAUUUUAUCUAAAUGCUGGGACCCCACAAAGACUCUAAAGACUUAAAAUGACACGUCAUGAGAUUUCACACGCGCCUUCCUACCUCUGCAGUGAUUUGGGGGGGAAAAACGGUAUAUUCUGUUGAUUUUAUUGAAACGAGCAAAUACUUGUUACAGAUUUUUUUUAUUUUUUGCUGUGUUUGUAAAGGUAAGAUAUUUAAGCACUUUUGAGCAUAUAUGUCAUAUUCUUCUGCGUGCAAAACGCCCACAAAGCGCAUGUUUAAUGGGUCAGGCUGAAAAAAGGCGGCUUUUUUUGGCCUAAAGAGGGAAAAAAAGAGACUUCUGACUGAAAUGCAUGUCAUUUUUGUUUUGAAUGGCUGUUUAGAUUGAAAAACAUUAAAACAUAUCAGACAUUGCUUAUUGCAUUUGGAUGCGAUUUUUUUUUUAAAAUUCACUUUGCGUUUUCUAUUGGCAACAGAAAACGAGGGGCAUUUCCAGACAUUUUUGGUGCAUUUCUUUUUUUUUUUUUUACAGAACAAUCUGAUUAGUUAAACUUUAUUUCCUGUCCUUUUAUAUAGUCUUUAGUUUAACCUAUAUCGCACACCUAUUGUGACCUAAACACUGAGCUCAUUUGGUUACUUAAUUUCCAUGUCUUGAACUGAUUUCUCUGUAAAUCCAUCAGUGACUAUACCAACACACUAGUUUCACAUAAAAAAAAAUACAAUUAAUUGAACAAACCUAGUGUCAUUUAUUCCCCCGUUAUGUAUCUUCAUAAUAAAACCCCUGAGCGAUUUGAUUUCACCUGAGCCAUGGUGGCUUUCCUCCUGUCAGACCAUGAUAAAUGGCUCUGUGAUUCCUGACAGCUACCUUUACGGCUAUAUGUCAACACAAGCAGAGGAGUAUUCCGGGGUUAAGGAGUCCCAUCAUCUACAUUUAAGAAAAAAGAAUUGGCUUCUCUUUUGGCCCUCUAAGCGGGCUUUUUGUAUUCAUGCAAGAAAAAAAAAAAAACUUAACCCCUUUUUCUGCACGGUUUAAAGUCUUUAUACUAAAAUUGAAAUAUUGCAGGAGUUGCAUAAGUUGUAAAUAUUUACAGCAUUGCAGUGUUAAGUUGGGGUCAGAAGGGAGCCGCCGUGCAACACUCCAUCAACUUGUAAAAGGCUUAUUCAGUUACUGGAGAGUUUUAAACUGCAGAUUAUCCAAAACUGAAAUCCUCAUAUUGUCCGUUUCAGAUGCGAACCAACUGAUUUUCUAACUUUUAUUGCACCACAGCCUUACGUCUCUAAAGUUUAAUGCAGCUAUGAGAGCAUCAAUGGAAACAGCAGGUAGUGAUAGAGUAGACCGGAUACCUGCAUGUGGAUAAAUCUGAUACAGAGGGACAUAUAGGAGCUGGUCUUUCUGUCAGCCUUGUUAUUUAAAACGCAAACACCCCUAUUAGAAUCCAUUAACUUUCUGUUUCCCCGUUAUUUUUUUCAUUGCGCGCUUUAUCCUGUGGGGCAAUAUCUGGAAGAUACAGGCUACCAGACGCUCUGCAAAUAAAACUAGUUUCUAGAUGCAAGAUAUUUGUUUGAAGAAAAUUCCUGCGGGAGAUAUUUUGAAUUUUUUUCACCUUGACUUCAAAACGAUGCAUCUUUUUUUGCAUCUACUUAAGCAUAUUUAGUUAGACUACUUUAACACAAUUGUUUCAGAAGGGUAGGACAUGGGACUAUUGUUUUAAAAUAACCAAAUAAGAUUAUAUGCAAGAAAAGGAGGCACUAUUUUUCAGUGUUUUUGCUAAGAAGCGUUUGUUAUUCUAAACACUGUCUUUGUUUAUGUGUAGAUUUAUCUUAUAUACUGCCUUUUGAUAGAAAAUUAUUGUCAUAUAUGGUGGUAAAACAAUAAUUAAAUGCAAGAUAAGUGUAAUUAUUUAGAUUUUGUUUAUUUAGCUUGAUGAACAUAAUUUGGUGCAUGGUACGCCUGGACCCAUAACCACCAUUAAAAAAAAAAAAAAAUCAGCACAAGCAUAAAAUAAACAGCUGGAAUAUCUUAGAGAAUGUCUCCAUGAAGCAAUAUUCAUGUGGAUCUACUUGAUUAUUUAAGUUUUACUCUACUUGUUGAGUACUAAUAAUUUAAAGAUGUAGAACACGUUUAGCUCAUUCAAAAGUACUGAGAUGUAAUUCAGUAAUGCAUUCAAAAAAACAAAGAAAAUAUGGGAGAAGGCUAAAUGGGAAAUUGACAACAUCUUUUUCCAGAUGUUUUUCUAAAUUAUCUAGAGAUUUGUAACAAUUUGGGUAAGUUUAUUUGUCAGCAUUUAAGUGGGUUUUACCUAGAAUAAAAUAAUUUAAUAACAAUGUGAAGCCUUGCAAAAAAAAAAACAUGAGAAUUUACCAUUAUCCAUCUUAAAACUAAAUCAUUUUUAAAUCAUGUUCUGUUAUUGUGCAGUCCUUGUGUUGUUUCUCUGAUACAGAUCUAAAAAACGUAGUUUUUUUUAUUGUUUGUGUUAUUAACUGCAAUCUGUAUUUUUAUUACAGAUUUACCUCAAUUUAUAACAUCUCUUUUAAACGCAUGUCAUGAAUCCUUUCCUUUCCUCUCCUGUAGGUGUAGAUUCAUUUUCUGGACAACAUGGAUCAUCCUUUUUAAAACUACACUGCUGAAAAACAGCUGGGUGCUUUAAAAAGAGCUAGAACUAAAAGGCUCUGGCUGAAUUUUUUAGGUAUCAUUUAAUACCAUAAACUAAAAAGAGAAAAAGCAGCUAUUGGAGGAGAUCACCAUAGUGUCAUCAAUUCCCAAUUUAAAGAUAUAGAUGUGUUUUUGUUGUACCAGUAGUCAUCAUUUUAAAGAUUUUUUUUUUCUUAUUGAAAUUUAAUUUUUGUAUUUUGUAAAGUGACUUAUGUGAUAUUUAUUGUAAUUUGCUGGUGAAAUAUGUUCACAAAAUGUAACUUUGAAUCCAGAUUUCUGAAGUAUGCCUAGUAUUCAAGACUAUUUUUUAAAUCAAAUAAACAUUAGAAUGAUGUGAAUUGUCUAAAAUGAUGGCAAAACAAAACUAUGCAAUUAAAUAUCCUCCCU